GAGAGGGAGAGAUGUCGUCAUCCGCAGCCCGCGGAGCAGCAGCGUGUGCUGCGAUAUCGAUUUACUCGCAGUUUCAUCGAUUUCGUGAUGCGCUCUGGGGCUGGACGUCGUCUGUACCACCAUGUAAGUGAGCUCGGCCGCCGUCAGUAGAUAGCCUGGCCAUCCGAAGCGGUGAGCGGGGCCGUUGUCGCUGGCUCUCCUGGUCCGCGCGAGCUGCGGUCUCCAGCCAGCCCCUGGUCCACGCCCCCGCUGUCCGCCGCACUCGCCGAAAUUCCGCAGAGAUGCCCCAGCAGCAGCCGUGCGUCUCGAGGCGUGCGUUUUGAUGCCGCUUGGUGCACCGUGUUGAAAGCAGGACAUGGGCCGCGUCUAAGGCUGCACGCUUCCUGCGCUGGAUCAUCGUAAAACGACUAGGCUCUUAUGAGGCGUUUGUUCUCCAAGAGGCGCCGAAAAUUCGGACAUGGGAGUUUGCUGUCGCUCGCACCCUUGCCAGUCACGCAGCAGCAGCACUCCCCUCGGCUCUAAUGGCCUCAUGCUGAAUAUCCACCGGCCAUCCUCGCGCACCAGGAAUGAAGAAGCAAAAUGUGCGGACGCUAUCGCUCAUUGUGUGCACCUUCACUUACCUUCUAGUUGGGGCAGCUGUCUUUGACGCACUUGAAUCUGAGACGGAGAAAAAACGCUGGGAAGUCCUCGAUGCAAUUGAGAACAUGGUGAAGCGCAAAUACAACAUUUCCGAAGACGAUUAUCGCCUGAUGGAGACGAUUGUUUUGAAAUCAGAGCCGCACAAAGCUGGCCAUCAAUGGAAGUUUGCGGGUGCCUUCUACUACGCCACCACUGUGCUAACAACAAUAGGUUACGGACACUCGACGCCCAAUACAGUAGGAGGCAAAUUGUUCACCAUGUUCUACGCAAUCGUGGGCAUCCCUUUGGGCCUGGUCAUGUUCCAAAGCAUCGGUGAGCGCGUCAACAAGCUGAGCUCGGUGAUUAUUCGAGGGUGCAAGAGGAUGCUCGGAUACCGCGACGUCGAAGCUUCCGAACUGAACUUGAUCAUCGUGGUAACCACCCUGAGCUCGCUUACCAUCGCAGGGGGCGCGGCCGCCUUCAGCCGAUACGAGGGCUGGACAUACUUCGACUCCGUCUAUUAUUGUUUCAUUACUCUAACCACAAUAGGAUUCGGUGAUAUGGUGGCUUUGCAGAAGGACAAUGCACUUGAAAGCAAACCUGAGUAUGUAGCGUUUGCUCUCAUCUUCAUUCUCUUCGGCCUCGCAAUAGUUGCUGCCUCUCUCAACCUGCUCGUCCUGAGAUUUGUUACUAUGAACACUGAGGAUGAAAGGAGAGAUGAAGCUGAAGCUUUACAGGCUGCUCAAGGUGCAGUAAGACUGGAAGGUGACGUAAUAACUGCCAAUGGGUCAAUAAUUAGUGGUCACGGCGGCCGCGGUAGAGGGGCCACCUCAGCUAGUGAGACUUCUCUGGCGUCCAACACGUCCGUGUGCUCGUGCAACUGUUGUUGCUGCCUGCCGGUGAUGAAUCACCGGCACAAGCGGCCGUCGCCGCCUUCGAGCGACAGCUGCUGCUCGUCGCCAGCGGGAUCGAGUCCGCGCAUCUCCAGCUCGCACCUCAGCACGCCGCGCUUCCGCGUGCAGAAUUCGCACACGUCGCACUACGUCACGCAGCACCUGCUGCUCCGGCCGCAGAAGGCUCACCCAGAGAUCCUCUACCUGCGGGAACCGCUCACGGCCAUCUACUACCCGCCGUCCGACGACGAGCCACCUCCACCGCCUCCGCCACCCCUCAAACAGCCCAAGGCGCAGAAACAGCGCGCGCCAAAACCGCCGCCGAUAGACACCAGUGCGGCCCUCCUUCUGCAGCCGCCACUCACGCCUGAUAGUCUUAAGAGCUGCCCCUCACCGUCAGCCUACAGCCACCGGGCAUCCAUUUAAUCACUUUAAAUCUGAUUUCACAUUAGUUUUGUUUCAAAAUUCAGAUUGUUUUUUUGUAGUAUUUCCAAGCAGAUCUAGCCUUCCAAGGUGACAUUUACAAGCAUGCUCUAUACAUUCCCACUUUGGUUCAAGCAUUACAAUAUUUUUAAACAAGUCCUUCGCCCCCCACCCUCAUUCCCUUUGAGCCAUAAAUGGACUAACCGCAGUUAAUGUGCCAUCAUAUCAUCGCUAGAAGUGAGGUGCAUGCCAGUGAUAAAGUGCCACAGGAACCUAACACACGAUGUAGAGUGACUAAAGAGAGCUCCUUCCCUCUGAAAAAGUGAAGCUAAGCCAAGUGCACAUACUAUUGAUUUUACACUAAUUAUGAAAUAAUGCAAUUUAAGAUAAACCACGGUUAAAAAGCCAUCUAGUGACAUGAUUUUUGGCAUGAAAAAGUAGAAAAUCAUUAGUGAGAAGAAGAGAAUUUAUAUAAAAAAUAUCACAGCGACCUUAGACAGAAUUUGUAUUAAUCAAAGACAGCAGACACAUGUAGGAAUUUUGAAAAAUGCAACACUUUAGCCGGCGUUUGAGGAAACCUUUGGCCACAAUGAAAGAUGAUGACACCAAGAGGGUUUUCAAAUGAAUCAUCAAUUGUGUAUAAGAGUAGGAAAAUGUUUUUACGAAAAAAUACACACAUGAGGAAGCGCAAAAUUGAAGACCAAUUUAAGAAAUCUUUUCUUAAAACGAGGUAAUGCAAUCGAUCGAAUUAACUUGACGAAACUGUAAUACAUUGGCUUUAUAAAGUCUGAUCUGGGGUUUGAAUUCUAAUUCACUGGCGGAGCAUCAUCAAAAAGAAUCAAACAAACUUGAAUCCUUUAAAAUAAUUGAAUUUCCAAUAUUAUGCUUUUGGGUCUGCGUAGUGGGUAUAGAUUUUCUACAGGUAUAUUCGCUUUAGAGUGUUGUCAAAGCUGUAAUAUCACUAAUCAUUUUAUAAGUUAAGGCCUAAUUAGCAAUAAUUUUGUCCUUAGCUGCGCUAUUAUAAAUAUUUCUCCUCCGUUUGUUGCAUGGAAAUGGCCACAUAGAGAGCUUCUAACUUAAUUACUUCCAGUUUUUCCCCUUCAUGUUGUGCUAUUUAAUUUGUAAUUGACGCCUUUCAGUCAAUCAAAAAGUGAUCAGUGAUGUGAAUGAGAAGCCGCAGUUAAAAAGCUCAAAAGUAAAUGCACACAGAAGCAAGAAGAGUCGUUUAUAUUAAGAAUAAUUUUUAUACUUUUGUCAACACACAAAUACAGCAUUUUAUGUAAGUUUAAGUUCAGCACUAGCUAGGUGAAGGUUAUUGUGGAUUGGCCUCUUCAAUUAAUUGAAUUUGUGGAAAGAGCGUUCCUUGCGUUUGCGUUGCUGUUAAGGUAAUCAUAGCAAAGUUUGAUGUUUCCCAACAAUACUAUAAAGCUAAGGAUUUUAAUAACAUUAAAAUGUGUAUUAACAACACGAUUAAAACUUGGACCGGGACCAUUUUCAAAAGUAAUGCGUACCGGACUCUCAAUUUGAAAUGGUUGGCUUGAUGCCGUUUAAAUCUCAGUUGUUGCUAAAAUAUUAAAUUGCUGAUACGUUACUUAAUCAAGAAUGAAUAAACUCGAGCGUACUAAUCAGAAAUCGAUGAUCUCGACAGAGCUAUGGGCAAGACUAAUAACAUGCGCAAAACACCUAUCCAUUAUUAAUGUGGUACGAUGCAUUUGACUAUAUAUUUAUGACGAUUGAUACAUGCUUGUCACUCAGGAAUGAAAAUAUGUUAUUGGAAUUUUGAAAAAGUCAAGUGUCUCAAACCUGAAAAAGCAUAUUCUGAUAGUUUUAAGAAAUGAAACAAUUAUGGCGUGUGAAUUUUUGUUGAAUAAAAAUUCUCAAAUAAUUA